UUUGUUUUUAUGUGUGUUUUGAUUUAGGGAAAUAGUUCCCCUCAUCAUACACCCGCUAAGAAAAAUGGUAAGAGAAGUGGCCCAGGUCGUCCUUACAGGCAGAAGGUCGGGGUCUGAACGUAAGUGCCUCUCUCUACGCAGGAGGAGACGUACUCCAGCCAAUCACAGUCGAGGAAGGCGUGGCUUGUUGAAAUACAGGUGGGGACGAAGUAACUAACGCACCUCAGAGACUGAGAGAUGGAGACUGAUGAGACUUCUGAGAGAGAAUAGAGACGAAUUCUCCUCUCAUCUGUGGCGGACGCAAAGUUUUAGCGAGGAGGACGCGGAGUCCAGCCGAUUCCCUGAGAAGUUUUAGCAAAAGAGGAGCAAACAGAGGCGGACGGGAGGGAAGGAGGUGAGACAAGAGAGAUUGAGAAAGAAGGAGAGAGAGAGAAAAAGCAAGCAAGAGAGAGAGAAGGAAAAGAGAGAGAGAGAAGGGGAAGGAGAGAAAUUAUUUGAUCUAUUCCUUCUAUAGUCUGAGGGUCGCGGACUCCAUCCAGCUCCUCUAGCUGCUAGAGAACAAUAAUGUGGAGCAGCCGGGCUCUGGCCGUUCUCAUCUACGGGCUCCUCGUGCACUGCGGCGCGUGCUCUCCUCUCGGCUACCCGAGCGUCAGGUUGGAGAAUGCAGGCUAUGAAGAGGGGGAUUCAGUAGCAGAUUUGGCCUUUGACAGUGACCAGAUCGCUUUAAGUGGUCCAUCAACUGGGGAAGAUGCCUACACAAUAUAUUAUCCUUCAGAGCAAAGAACAGAAAGACAUGCAGAUGGGAUGUUUAAUAAAGCCUACAGGAACGCAUUGGCUCAGUUAUCAGCCCGAAAAUACCUGCAUUCUCUAAUGGCUAAACGUGUAGGAGGUGGGAGUGCGAUGGAGGAUGGCACGGAGCCGCUCUCCAAGCGCCACUCCGACGGGGUCUUCACGGACAGCUACAGUCGCUAUCGGAAGCAAAUGGCUGUGAAGAAGUAUCUGGCCGCAGUCCUCGGCAAAAGCUCUGAAGACUUAGAUUUGCACCAAUUUCUACAAGACAUAGACUUUGGGGCGCUCCCGGAUGGGGAUGAUUAUGAGGAAUUAUUGAGGAACUUGCUGGGGCAGUUCAAUCUCGAUCUCUCGGUGAGUUCUGUGGCUCCAGUACCAUUUAGCCCCUUUUUUUCGGAGGGGUGUCUUUCACUCCUCUCUUUCUUCUGUGAAGUCCUCCUCCCCCGUCAUCUAUCGCUUAAAUUUCACGAGCCAAACUCCUCUCCUUCCUCACCCGCUCACAACCCUCUUUGACAAACGCAUUGACUUUCACACCAUGGAACCUUCUCAUUUCGGGCAGAUGUAUCUCAAAUAUGAAUGGGUUUUUUGUCAUGGACAAUCAAAAUAGAGGUGAUGCACCUUGAAGAAUGCACUUGUAAUAUAAAGAGGCCUGCAAGACAUGCCUCUCUGUUUGAGCCACUGCCCGGCUUCUCUCCUAUCCCUGUCAAAGCAUGCACAGCACCUUAUCUAUCAUCCUUCCAAGCUGUUCUUCUUCAUCUUUCUAUCCAAGAGUGUGGGGUCUUAGUCUGUGAGUGUGUGUAGUCCAUUUAUUAGGACUGUACAGUUCAGCUCUUACGGUGGUGGGCGGUGUGGGUGAAUGUGUGUUUGUGUGUAAUUAUUUGUUUCUUGUAGGGAAUGAAAUCUGAAUGUUUUCUUUGAUGUAUUUGAACUUAUUUCUCACUCUGAUUGCAACUACAAUUUGCAUAUGCCUUUAGAGUUACAGAUAAAAAAUUAAAAUUCCUUAUUCCUGACCAAACUGGCUGUGAAAUCUGCUCUUGCUAACAUCACAUACAGUAUCUUGUUUGUCUGGACUGUCUAAUUGAUAUUGUUAUAAUAUGUGGUUCAGGAAUUGGGGUUGUGUUUUUUUU